AUGAAUGUUGAAGAUGGUAGAGCCGAUGUGAAAAAAGAAAUGGUUGACAAUGCUCAUCGCAAUGACAUGGGAAAGGACAUUAGUAGGCUAUGGUUGUGUUCAAGGGAAGGUCAGAGAUUACUAAAAUACUUGGAUCGUGUUGCUGAGAAGAGUAGAGCUCCCAAGGCACUAACAAGAGUAGGUUGCAAAGCCCAAUUUCGUAUAUGGUACGAUGCAAAUACUGGUGAAGGGAAAAUGUAUGUUGUGACUCACUUCGUCGCAGACCACAACCAUGAAUUGGCAGAACAACACUGUGUGAUGUAUCUGAGGUCAUAUCGCAGUUUAAACAGCGCUGACAAAGCUCAAGCAAUGGCUAUGCGCAACGUCGGUAUAAAGACUAGCCAAAUCAUGGACUAUAUGGAUAACAAGUUACAAAAUCCGUUUCUGGCAGAUUCGAAAUCGCAGGCUGACUACGCAAAGUUUGGUGAUGUGUUGAUAGUUGACCCAACUUACAGAACCAAUGCAUACAAGAAACCUUUUGUCAUGUUGGCUGGUGUGACUAACCACUUUAGAACCACGAUAUUUGCAUGUGUUUUGCUAGCUAAUGAGACAAUUGAUACAUACACAUGGGUUUUGGAAACAUUUAUGGAGGCGAUAUGCAAUAAAACACCUGUGUCCUUACUGACAGAUGGGGAUAAGGCGAUGUGA